AUGACGAAGAUUCUCAAAACCGGUAUUGAUCCACAUCUCCCCAAUCAUAAAGGUUCGAUUCGGGUUACUAAUGGUUCGAACAAAUCGAUGUUCAUGGCCAAACGUGUUGACGAGAACGCCGUCGCCGCCUCCGACUCUACUGUUGUCACAUGUUUCGAUCAACAGUUCCUCUCCGAUGUCAUCGACGGCAUUGAACGGGUGCCGUCUUCUCGUCUCAGUCAGUCUGACGACGUCGUACCGUAUCCUUCUUGCCUGCUCAAGUCUUCCAUCGAGGACUGA